AUGAUUUGGUGUCAAUGUUCACUUACGAUCGCCUACAGCAUUCUAACAUUUAUUGUAACAGGUGUCUCUUCUCUACAAUGCUACAAAUGUCUGAUCAAUCCGCCGCUCGGAGAGAACUACAACACCGCGAAGAAUCUUUGCGUUCACUUUGACUAUUCCGAUUCGUACAUAGUCGAGUGCCCCUACUCCACGAUGUGCAUGAAACAGGAGUUUCAUCUGGAUAUACAAAAUGGAGUGAGAAUCGACGGUGUACUGCGGGACUGUGCACCACAGAAACACGAGUACCAGGACUUCAAGAACGGGAGGUGGUCUCUCAAAACAGAAAUUAAAGAGCCAUACGAAGAGGGAUGCUUCAGCAACGACGAUAAAGGAGAGAGAGCAACAACUAGCAGAUAUUGCUACUGCAGGAAGAAUCUGUGCAACUCCACGCCCAGCACGAACCACGAGGGCUACACAGACAUAAUGGGUGUCAUAAUGGUGUUCAAUCUAAUGAAAUAUAUUAAUAGUCUUAGG